AUGACGUAUUGGCCUAUCUCGUCGCCCUCCGUCUUCGCGGCUACUAAACGUACGGACCUAGGGCGCCCACAUGUCUCCAACGAUGGCUUAGAGCGCAAGCAAUCAGGCGACCAACACACCGAACCAGACCGUGUUGCAGAGUCUCAGCCAAAGGAAAAGAAAGCUACGAACAAUACAAGCGGAGCAGAAGAGAAGGAAGAUGGGGAGCUGUCGCGACAAGCUGCUCCGAGUCCGCCGGUAGAGGACGACAUCUAUGGAACCAUUGUUGCUAUCAGAGUGACUAGGAGUGGUCACUUGUUUGCAACCCUCACAAAAACAACACUCACAGUCUGGCAGACAAAGCCUACCGUUGUUUUGGCUUCUGUGUUACGCUCCGAACAAUCCGUCAAAACAUACGGCCCCAACACCGAUGUGCUCGUUCGCCCCGAUUCUCAGAUAUUCGUCGUACAAACCACGCUCGGAUUUUUGAUUACGUAUUCCCUUGCGACAGAUCGUGCUUCGCGUGUCUACAAAACCCAAUUCACAAACACACACGGAGGACACGCGAGAAGAAGCAGUGCAAUCACUGGCUUCAAGAUACAACGGCAGCAUGAGGCCAAUGCGGGGCCAGGAGAGGGCAAUGGCUUGAGAGAGCUCAGCCUGCGUUUCCGCAUGGUUAUACGGGUCGAUGCUGGGAUAAUACGAGCCCUGGCCCUAGACGAGGAAUUAAUUGUUGCAACGGAGAAGCCUGCUGCUAUACAAUGCAUUCGAUGGGCGCCAGACAGCACUGGAAAUCAAACAAGCACCGAGUUGUUAUCCAAAAUGGCGUGGAUUGGAAAAAAGACGACUCUACGUGAUUUGGUUCAUGAUCGACCUAUGAACAUAUCCUGUUGGAUUACAAAUGAUGGCCAGGCAUUUGCUGUUCAAAAAGUCGCGAAAAAGGAUAGCGAAGAUCCCAGUCUUUUCCGUGGCCAUGGCUUCCACACGCCCGAGGUAGAUGCGGACAAAGGAAUCAAGGCUGCGAUCAAUGCGCGGUUCUCUCUACUUGCGGUUGGCAGCGCCAGUGGCGAGAUAUAUGUGUAUACGGCAAAAGACUACACAGGCAACAUUCCUCUCUCGCACAAGCUACGUCCGAAUGUGACAUCGCCUGGGCAGUUGACUAUUUUGACCUACUCGCCAGAUGGGUACUGUCUGUUUGCUGGUUACGAAAACGGCUGGGCAAUGUGGAGUGUAUACGGUAAACCCGGUGCUACUAGCUUUACCGCAGACAGGACGCUCUCCGAGACAAACAAAGAAGGUUGGCUUCUUGGCAUCAAGGAAGCCUUUUGGAUCGGCGGGGGAGCUGAGCUCUUGAUGUUGGCCAACAACGAUAAUCGUCUAUAUACCAUGGAAAUGGCUCGAAGCGCGGUUACUGGUUGCUUCUCAUCUGCCAAUGUAUCACGGUCCUUGAUGCAGACCAGCACUGGCUUCAUGAUCUAUCGUGGCUACGACCUCCCAGACCUCACGACCAUAUCGGCUGAUGUCUCUUUGUGGCAUCAUGUACAGGUCCCUGCGGCUUAUCUUGUCGACCAGUGGCCAAUCAGAAGUGCAGUCAUCUCAAACGAUGGGCGAUACGUCGCAAUCGCAGGGAAAAGAGGACUUGCACAUUACAGUGUGAAUAGCGGACGAUGGAAAAUGUUUGACGAUCCGUUUGGCGAGAACGAGUUUAUUGUUCGAGGAGGAAUGUGCUGGUUUCAGCAUGUUCUGAUUGCAGCGGUUGAAUGCCAAGAAUCUCACGAGAUUCGAGUGUAUUCUCGCGAGGCGGCUCUGGAAAAAGGCCGCAUCAUGCAUGUGCAGAAGCUCCCUGCACCAAUAGUUUUGAUUGCGCCCUCAGGAGAGGAUUCGCUCCUGGUCUACACAUACGAAAACGUCUUGUACCACUACGUUAUCAGUGUCGCAGAUGCCAGUGUCAAACUAGUUCAAGUUGGUCAAAUUGCACUGCACGGUAUUAUCCGUGCGCCUCCGCGAGUGCGAGCACUCAGCUGGAUUUUGCCUGAAGACCAGAUGCACAGCGGAGACCCAUCGCAAGACGUGUCGGUUGCCACAAUAUUGUUCCUUGUGGACGGUAAACUUGUGCUACUGCAGCCAACUACAACAGAAGUCGGCGGGCUCAAGUAUGAAAUGCGUAUCAUUGCGCAGAACGUAGAGACGUAUGCACUCAUGCGCGACCACCCUGCGUUUGCACUGGACAAGCAAGCCGACUCCCUACCGCCAAGCCCUUUAGUAGGACUCACAAUGGAGGGUAUGCAUGGCCAUGAUUUGCGCGAUUCACUGUGGUUCUUUGAUGGCCAAGAUAUGCGGGUGUGGAUCGAUAUGCAAGAUGUACUGGCUUCUGCAUCUCCUGAGAUAGGCAGAGAGCUGCCUACACCUGUGCAGAUUCCGGUCGAUUUCUACCCGCUAUCCGCAUUGAUCAAUAAAGCCAUAGUAUUUGGUGUUGAGUCGGAGUUGAUCCAGCGCAGAGACACAAACUUUGCCUUCCUGCGCUUCGGAACGAGGACCCACUUGUUCCUUCCCGCACUGCUGCGCUCUCACCUGGCUCAGUUCAAUCACCCUGCGGCUCUACAUCUCAGCCAUCAUUACCAGCAUCUGCUGUACUUUCCUCAUGCUUUGGAAAUCUUACUGCACGAAGUAUUGGACGAAGAGGUUGACACACAACCGCCACUUGAACAAGCCCUCUUACCGAGCGUACUAUCGUUUUUGAGUUCGUUCCCACAGUACCUUGAUAUCGUGGUGCAAUGUACGCGCAAAACUGAAGUACGCUCCUGGAGAACUCUGUUCUCGAAUCUACCACCGCCGGAAGAGCUAUUCGAAGAAUCGCUCCAAAAAGGUAAUCUCAAGACUGCAGGUGGCUACUUACUUGUUCUUCACACGUUUGAAGAGCUGCGGUCGACGGGAGACCAGGUGGUGCGCUUACUGCAACGUGCCAAAGACGAAGGUGAUUGGGAGCUGUGCAAAGAACUAGCGCGGUUUUUGAUGGCUCUGGAUGAAUCUGGUGCGACGCUCCGUAGCACGCUGGAGCUUGUGGAGCUGAAGAGCCCAUCAGCAGAGUCUGGGUUGGGCCAGCCCCAUUUCACGUUUGAUUCUACUCGUCUCAAUGUGCCGUCGAGAGGGCGGGGCAAUGGGCAUCGUGCGUUAGGCGGAUUAGGCGGAAUAGGCGACGAUUUUGGGGCGAACAGUACGAGCAUCACGUCGGAAGAGAGCGAUGGUGUUAGCCCUGGAGACGUUGGCGCGAGUGCUGGGAGGGCAAGCGGACAGCAAGCUCCCAGUGACUAUUUUGGUCUUGGACUGAGCAAUUGA